AUGGCGAUAAUCUCCGAUAUCCAAGAGGACCAGAACGCGCCCGAAACAAAGCCGUCCCAGGCAUCGUCGUCGUCUAAAGCGGCGUCGUUUACCGCGAAGUUGGAUCGCUCGAAUCCCCUAGGGUUUGUGGAGAAGGUGUUCGACUUUUUGGCUCAAGAAAGUGACUUCCUUAAGAAACCGACGGCGGAGAAGGAUGUCCUGUCCGUCGUACGCGCAUUGAGGGAGAAGGAGAUUAAGAAGGUGGAAGAGGAGAAGAAGAAGAAGAGGCAGGAGGAGGAGGAGGAGGAGAAGACGAAGAAGAAGGCCAAGGAAGAAGCUAAAGCUGAAGAGAAAAAGGGGACUCCUUUGGAGGAGGGUAAGAAAGAGAAGACUGGCUUGAGAGUUCCAAACAAAGGCAAUGGACUUGAUUUGGAGAAAUACUCAUGGACGCAGAGCCUUCAGGAGGUUAAUGUCGUUAUUCCAGUGCCUCCUGGAACUAAAUCACGGUCCGUUGUGUGCGAAAUAAAGAAAAAUUAUCUGAAGUUUGGAAUGAAGGGUCAGCCUCCUAUUAUUGAUGGGGAGCUUUAUCAGUCUAUCAAGCCUGAUGAUUGUUACUGGAGCAUAGAGGAUCAGACUGCUGUCUCUAUUCUUCUGACCAAGCACAAUCAAAUGGAGUGGUGGAAAAGUUUGGUGAAGGGUGAUCCCGAGAUAGACACUCAAAAGGUCGACCCUGAGCCCAGCAAAUUAUCUGACCUGGAUUCUGAAACCAGGCAGACUGUUGAAAAGAUGAUGUUUGAUCAGAGACAGAAGCAGAUGGGGCUCCCGACCAGUGAUGAAUUGCAAAAACAAGAUAUCCUGAAGAAAUUCAUGUCGGAGCAUCCGGAGAUGGAUUUCUCAAGGGCCAAGAUACAGUAA